AUGGAAGACAAUGAUCACACAAUAGGAGAUUGUGAUGACACAUUAGGACACCAUGAUAACACAAUAGGAGACCAUGAUUACACAAUAAGAGACCAUGAUGACAUAAUAGGAGGCCAUGAUGACACAUUAGGAGACACUGAUGACACAGUAGGAGACUAUGAUGACACAAUAGGAGACUAUGAUAACAAAGUAGGAGACUGUGAUAACACAGUAGGGUGCAGAGACCAAGAUUACAACAUAGGAAGCUAUGAUGACAAAAUAGGAGACCAUGAUAACACAAUAGGACACCAUGAUGAUACAAUAGGAGACACUGAUGACACAAUAAGAGACCAUGAUGGCAUGGUAGAAGACUGUGACUACAAAGUAGGAGCCCGUGAUGACACAAUAGGAGACCAUGAUGACACAAUAGGAGAUUCUGAUGACAUAAUUGGAGAUCUUGAUGACACAAUAGGAAACUGUAAAUUUGAUAACACAAAAGGAGAAUGUGCUCACACAGUAGGCCACUGUGAUGACACAAAAAGAGACUAUGAUGACAGAGAAAGAGACUCCGAUGGCACAAUAGGAGAAAAUGAUGACAAAAUAGCAGGCUGUGAUGACACAAUAGUUGAUAUUGAUGACAUAGUAGGAGACUAUAAUACAUGUGGAGACUGUCAUGACACAAUUGGAGACCACAAUGACACAAUUGGAGAAAAUGAUGACACAAUAAAUGACAAAUAUGACACAAUAGGUUACUGUAGAUACAAAGUAGGAAACUGUGAUGACACAGUAGGAGACUCUGAUGAUACAGUUGGAGACAGUGAUGACACAAUAGCAGAAUGUGAUGACACAAUAGGAGAUCAUGAUGACACAGGAGAAGACAGUGAUUACACAGUAGGAGACCAUGAUGACACAAUAAGAGACUCUGAUGACUUAAUCAUAGAUGUUGAGGACACAAUAAAUGAACGUGAAGACAAAGUAUGGGCCUGUGAUGAUACAGUAGGAGACAAUGACACAAUAAAAGAAUGUUACUGUAAAUAUAAACUAGGAGACUCUGAUGAUACAGUUGGAAACAGUGAUGACACAAUAGGAGAUCGUGAUUACACAGGAGAAAACAGUGAUUACACAGUAGGAGACAGUGAUGACACAAUAAGAUACCACAACGACACAAUAGGAGACUCUGAUGACAUAAUUGUAGACGUUGAGGACACAAUAGGAGACUGUGAUGACAAAGAAUGGGACAGUGAUGACACAGAUAGGGACUGUGAUGAUACAGUAGGAGAAAAUGAUGACAUAUUUAGAGACUGUGAUGACAUAAUAGGAGACUGUGAUGACAUAACAGGACACUGUGAUGACACAAUAGGAGACAAUGAUGAAACAAUAGAAGACUUAGGAGACAGUGAUGACACAAUAGAAGACUUUGAUGAUACAAUAGCAGACCUUGACGACACAGUAGGAGAAUGUGAUGACACUGUAAGAGACUGUAAUGACAUAGUCAGAGACUGUGAUAUUCUAUUUGGAGACUGUGAUGACAUAGUAGGAGACUGUGGUGACACAAUGAGAGACAUUGAUGACACAGAAGGAGAUUGUAAUGACACAGUAGAAGACUGUGAUGACAUAGUAGGAGACUUUGAUGAUACAAUUGGAGACAGUGAUGACAAAAUAGGAGAGUGUAAUGAUGGAGACAGUGAUGAUAGAGUAGGAGAUCCUGAUGACACAAUAGGAGACUCUGAUUAUAUAAUCGAAGACCUUGAUGACAUAAUAAGACACAGUAAAAACAAAGUAGGAGACAGUGAUGACACAGUAGGAGAUUGUGAUGAUACAGAGCAUGUUGACACAAUAGGAGACUGUGACACAACAGUAGAAGAGAAUGAUGACACAGUAGGGGACUGUGAUGACCCAGGAGGAGAAUAUGAUGAGACAAUAGGAGACCUUGAUGACAUAGUAGGAUAUGGAGACUGUGAUGACACAGUAGGAGAUUGUGAAGACACAGUAGGAGACUGUGAUGACAAAAUGGGAGACCAGGAUCACACAAUAGGAGACUGUGAUGACACAAUAGGAGACUGUGAUGAUCCAGAAGGAGUCUGUGAUGACACAGAGACUGAUAAAACAGUAGGAGACUGUAUUGACACAGAAGGAUACCUUGAUGACAGAGUAGGAGAUUGUGAUGAUAAAAUAGGAGACAGUGAUGACAAAAUAGAAAAAUGUAAUGACACAGUAGGAGACAGUGAUGACAGAAUAGGAGAAGUUGAUGAUACAGUAGGAGUCUGUGAUGACACAGUAGAAGAUUGUGAUGACACAGUGCAGACCGACAAUUGGGUGAGAGUAGGAGACUGUGAGGACACAGUAGGAGACUAUGAUAAUGCAGUAGAAGACCAUGAUGACACAAUAGGAGACAUUGAUGACACAGUAGGAGACAUUGAUGGCAGAGUAGAAGACUGUGAAGACACAGUAGGAGACUGUGUUGACACAAUAGGAGAUGGUGAUGACACAAUAUGA